ACAACACGAUCAUAUACCUGCUUGUUAUAAUGCACCCGGUCACGCUUCGAUGCGGGAACUGUCUCAAAAUCGAACUGGAUCAAGAAAGCUCGAACCAGGAAGAGAUCAGGGAACGACAAUGGCGCUGACAGAGGCGGUGUAUCUCUCUCUGUUUCUGGUGGUGUGUGUGAUCCGUGGAUCAUCAGGCGGAUUUUGCUAUCAGUGCGCGGACACACAAGGAGACGGCAAUUGUCAGAAAAAAAUUAAAACAAUGGCUAAGGCGGCCUACUACGUUCAGAAUCCCACCACCUCAGACGAAUACAUGGACAAAAUAGAUGUGUACAAGCAGUAUUACAAGAACUGCACAGCCUACCAACCAGACCCAGAUGUCACGCUCUGUGUUAUUGAGACCCACGAGUACAGAGGUCAAGUUAACAUGUUUAUGCGGGACUGCACAGACGGACAGAAUUUUGCCCAGGACUUUAACAAUCCUCAGCGCCCUCUGGCAGACAAUCAAACUUAUUGUGACCGGAAAGGUGACACAGGGACAUACUGUGUGCGCAUGUGUAAAGAUGAAUUCUGUAACGGACCGUUACCGGCGUCUGCGGUCACGCAUCACUUGUCGUUUGUUUUAUUUGUCAGUAGUGUUUUCGUUUACAUGGGUCAUUGUUUUAUCAAUACAUAAUGUACGUUUAGCUAUGAGACAUGAAUUUUAUACAAUGUACUAAUGAAGACGAGGUGUGAUUUGGGGAGGUUUUAUUUUUAUUCAAUCUUUAAGAUAUCUUUGCCCCUGGAGGACAUAAACAAGUCGCCGUAAACAAUCAAUGUGUAAAUAUCUUGAAGAUGGCAUUAACUGUGAUCAAUUUAAAUGUGUAUACACAUAAUUUUUGUUUAUAUAAACAGAAGGUGAGGUCUAAUCGCUUAUCAAACAAAAUGCUUUAAAGACGACUUUGUAUUUGGAAUAGCUUUAAUAUUGUUGUAUAGUUUUCAUUAACUGCUUGAUUGUUAUAAGAUGUAGUGAAUCCAUGCAUAUUAUUAUGACCUUGUCUUUCAGUAUUUUAACCAAUAAAUUUGCAUAUCAUUA